CAUGAAGCUCACAAUCCUCGUCGACGACGCCAUUACUUGACGUCGCAAAGGCUGGGUAAGUCUUAUCUAUUUCUCUCUUUUUCAAACGUACUGAAGGCUGCACAUCAUCAAAGCUUCUGUCAGCGUCAUGUGCGCGGAAGUCACGAUCGUGUUCUGCCUUUGCUCCUUUGGAAUUUCUUUUCAUGAUGACACCUUUUCACUUAUACGAUUGCCGGCGCAGGCAUUCACUUGACUGCGUUAGGUGCUCGAUGCUGUCUCCGUUACAAUAGACUACAACGUUUCAUCGAACACUGAGCUGAAAUGUCAGGCAUGUCCGCGGCCAUGCGACCUGAGCAAGCUGCAGCAGCAAGCGAGGCACGUCCGAACGGUCUACCUCAACAGAACCAAGAACCAGCAAACGGUGCUUCGAGGAAGCCUCGCCCAAAACGACCCAACUAUAAUGAGAUACAUGCGAAGCCUCUACCAUUAGACGUUUAUGCACUGCCUGCCUUCGUUCCGCACAACCCGAUUUCUGUCUUGCGACUAGUCAUCAGUCUAAUCUCACAGUCGCUGUGGCCACCACAAUCACAUCACGUCGUACAUAAAGCAUACUACUCUGUAGAGACUCAGUCAAUCCACGUCACCGAUCCAACCUCUAUUCGAGCUCUUUGGGAGCAGGGCUUCUGGGGUAAGGGGUCCCUCAGUCGAAGUGAGCCGCAAUGGCUAGUAGCUGAAAAGCGAAGGCGAGGUGCGCAGGCGUCGAAGACAAGCACCGAGGUGACACAAUCAAGGCGAGAAGAGCGGAGGCAGUUCAAAUUAGAGAGAGCCAAGGCACAACGCGAAGCUAUUGAGCAACAAUUACGACAAGAAGGCAAGAUUGUAUCAGAUGCCAACAUCGAUAAGCUUGUAGAUAGUGAUGCCAAGGAUACCAGCAAGCCGGAAGAGGUUGCGGGGACUUCCACGAUCAACAAAGCCGCAGAUGGCGCCGUUGCACAUGCCGACACUGAAGCUGGCCCGGAACUUGAUGUUCCUGAUCUUGAACAUCUCCAGCUCACGCCCGAGGAAGCCUUCUUCCUUACAUACGUCCUUGGUGCUCUAGAAGUCAUCAACGCAGACGUCCAGGCGUCGUCGGACGAUUUGCAACGCUACCCUACAUGGUAUCUGUUGCGCUUAUACUGCUUGUAUGCGUUGAGUCCCAGCGAAUCCAUUGAUCUAGAAGGAACGUUGACUCAUCUUCGUACUGCGUACAACAUGAGCAACGGUGCCACGCGCAUGGAUCCCGCUAUGUCGUGCAUUCCUUCUAUUGCGCCCGACAACCCUUUCCUGAUGAAGUACGUUGUCUUCCAUCACUUCCGCUCCCUAGGAUGGGUAGUUCGGCCUGGCGUCAAGUUCGCCGUCGAUUACUUACUCUACAUCCGAGGGCCUGCCUUCACACACGCAGAGUUUGCAAUCAUGAUCAUCCCUUCUUACUCGGCUCCCUACUGGAAUGAGCAAGCAGAUGGUCAAAGCCAAGUCAGAGCUGUGGAAAAGGAGCGCCGGGAUUGGUGGUGGUUCCACCGGGUGAACCGAGUGCAAACACAGGUCAUGAAGACACUGAUGCUUGUCUACGUUGAGGUACCAGAACCGUGGGAUACAAGCUGUGUGGAGCUUGACGGGUUCAGGCUCGACAUCGGCAGUGUUCUGAAGAAGUACACAGUUCGAGAAUUCGUCUUCAAAAGGUGGAGUCCGAGCCGAAACAGAGAUUAGGUUAUGCUCCCACGAAAUCCGACCCGAAACGGGAUGAAGUUGCCCUAGUUACGAGAAACGAUAAGACAAAAAUGUGAAGCAUGAACCUUAAUUUAUAUCAAGUCCAUCUCGUACCUGUCAAGCACGACGUUGUCAGAAGCUGUGCUACACCUACACUACCUAAGUCACAUAAUUAUCUGCUGCAGCAAUGGAGGACAUGACGUCGCAUCUAUAAUGCAUACAUGAACAGCCCAUGUAGCCUAGUGAGC